GGGAAUGUUGAUAUUUUCCAGUGAGUAUCACUGAGUUCCAGAUGGAACCCUUUGCGGCCCGAGUCUUGCCCUGCGUGAGCCAGACCACUCUGUUUAUCCACAGUGCUGAUGCCUCCGAGCUAGACCCUCGGGGGAAGUAAAGCAUAGACCGGGAGCUGAAGGGAGAACCCGGGAAGAAGGCUGCCCACUUUGAAAUCUGAGACGGAGGACUUGAGAGAGUGAGCGCUCAACCCGGAUUGGCCAGCGGGCGCCGUCGCGGCUUUGACGCGCCUCUUCAAUUGGCUGGUGUCUGCGGUCGUUCCGGAGGGCGAGUCUUUUGCCCACGUACUUCCGGGCGGGAGGCGGGGGCUGCGUCCUGCUGCGCACGCGCACCGCCAGGAAGCCCCACCCGGUAGUUGAAGAACCUGCGGAGGGGCGGGGCGAAGAGGUGCUUGUUUUGGUUGUGUUUCCUCUCAAGCCGAAUCCCGGAACCAGGUAGCAGGGAGCUCGGCCGGCCUUGGAGGGGGAAAAGGCUGCGACCAAUCCGUCUUCGUACCGUCCCACUGGACCUCACAUCCGGGAUCUCCUCUGGGCGUGACCCGCGUCCCGCCUGCGGUCCUCGAACCGGUGUCCCGAUCUCUUUAUCCAGGCCUUGCUGUUCCCGUCGUGCCUCGCGCACAACCGUAGCCCCCUCAUCCGGGUUCUGUCCCGGCGUUCUCCGCGUCUGCUUUGCUGUGGGGUACUCGGCGGUGCCGCCAUGACUAUUCUCCCCAAAAAGAAGCCGCCACCUCCCGACGCCGACCCGGCCAACGAACCGACGCCGCCCGGGCCGCUGCCCCCGGCGCCUCGGCGCGGCGCGGGUGUAGGCGUGGGUGGCGGCGGCACGGGCGUGGGCGGAGGAGAGCGCGAUCGUGACUCCGGCGUCGUGGGGGCCCGUCCCCGGGCUUCCCCGCCACCUCAGGGCCCGCUCCCGGGGCCGCCUGGUGCUCUUCAUCGUUGGGCGCUAGCCGUGCCGCCCGGCGCAGUCGCGGGCCCUCGGCCACAGCAGGCUUCUCCACCUCCUUGUGGGGGCCCCGGUGGCCCCGGCGGCGGUCCUGGUGACGCUCUUGGUGCGACAACUGCGGGGGUGGGCGCGGCAGGGGUGGUGGUGGGCGUGGGUGGUGCCGUGGGCGUGGGCGGCUGCUGCUCGGGGCCCGGGCACAGUAAGCGGCGGCGUCAAGCUCCCGGCGUUGGCGCAGUUGGCGGGGCCAGUCCGGAACGUGAAGAGGUCGGAGCCGGCUACAACAGUGAAGACGAGUAUGAAGCUGCAGCGGCACGAAUCGAGGCCAUGGAUCCCGCCACGGUAGAACAGGAACACUGGUUUGAAAAGGCCUUGCGGGACAAGAAAGGCUUCAUCAUCAAGCAGAUGAAAGAGGAUGGUGCCUGUCUAUUCCGGGCUGUAGCUGACCAGGUGUAUGGAGACCAGGACAUGCAUGAGGUUGUGCGAAAGCAUUGUAUGGACUAUCUGAUGAAGAAUGCUGAUUACUUCUCCAACUAUGUCACAGAAGACUUCACCACCUAUAUCAAUCGGAAGCGGAAAAACAACUGCCAUGGCAACCACAUUGAAAUGCAGGCUAUGGCAGAGAUGUACAACCGUCCUGUGGAGGUGUAUCAAUAUAGCACAGAACCUAUCAACACAUUCCAUGGGAUCCAUCAAAAUGAAGAUGAACCCAUCCGAGUCAGCUACCACCGGAAUAUCCACUAUAAUUCAGUGGUGAAUCCUAACAAGGCCACUAUUGGUGUGGGGCUGGGCCUACCAUCAUUUAAACCAGGGUUUGCAGAGCAGUCCCUGAUGAAGAAUGCCAUAAAGACAUCAGAAGAGUCAUGGAUUGAACAGCAAAUGCUGGAAGACAAGAAACGAGCUACAGACUGGGAGGCCACAAAUGAGGCCAUAGAGGAGCAGGUGGCUAGAGAAUCUUACCUUCAGUGGCUGAGGGAUCAAGAGAAACAAGCCCGCCAGGUCCGGGGACCCAGCCAGCCUCGGAAAGCCAGUGCCACAUGCAGUUCAGCCACAGCAGCAGCCUCCAGUGGCCUGGAGGAAUGGACUAGUCGGUCCCCACGGCAACGAAGUUCAGCCUCGUCACCUGAGCACCCUGAACUGCAUGCCGAGCUAGGCAUUAAGCCCCCUUCCCCAGGCACUGUGUUAGCUCUUGCCAAACCUCCUUCACCCUGUGCACCAGGUACAAGCAGUCAGUUCUCAGCAGGGGGUGAUCGGGCCACCUCUCCUCUUGUGUCCCUCUACCCUGCUCUGGAGUGCCGGGCCCUCAUCCAGCAGAUGUCCCCCUCUGCCUUUGCAGGUCUGAAUGAUUGGGAUGAUGAUGAGAUCCUAGCAUCGGUGCUGGCAGUGUCCCAACAGGAAUACCUAGACAGUAUGAAGAAAAACAAAGUGCACAGAGACCCACCCCCAGACAAGAGUUGAUGGAGACCCAGGGACUGGACAUCAUUCCCGAUCCCCCACUCCUGCCCUUUGAUGCCACCCAAACUUCUUUGGCUUUCUUCCCUCUUGGCUUCCUUCUUUUGUUUCCUCUUUUCCUUUUUUUUUUCCACUUCCCUCUGGCCGGCCCACCCAUGCGCUCCAUCCAUCUCAUCCCUGCCACCACCUUUGGUCUCUGCCAGCUGAAGUGCCCUAUUGCCCCCUGCACAGCACCAUCUCAGCAUUCCACAGGGGACUCUGGAAAGGGUGCGGAAGGUAGGCAAGAGGCCCACAGAGACAGACCAUCUGGCAGCCAGGCAGCCCCAGAAGAGAGACAUUCAGACAAAGGAAGUCUGCUCACCCUUCCUUAAAGAUCAGAUAAACUUGUCAUCCCUUCCCAGCAAUGAUGACAGGAAAAUGGAAGUGGCAAGUUUUCCUUCUAGUAUCCGAAGAAUCUGAGCCUUCAAUGUUAAAAUUUUCUUAAUUAAAAUGUGCUUUAUUUCACAAAAUCAACAAACCAAAAACAAUAUCCAUGGCAACUUUGAUCCUUAGAGGAUGCCAUCUCUAGUUUGGAGCUAGGCAGGCUGGCCAUGGGACAGAACAGGCAGAAAAAAGAUGGAUUUCUGCUGUCUUUUGGCCCCUAGUUCCUUGGAAGGGCAAAGGAUAUGAGGCAGAGGGAGGUGGCAGGCAUUGCAGGUGGCAGACUGGCUUUGGACAGUGAGACCCUGACCUUGCUGCAUUGCUUUGCCUUCACCACCGCUAGUCUGUUUGGAGGCUUGAGGUGGGGUGUCUUGGGAAAUUAUGGCCACUACCCAAGAUUUGAAUUUAGGGAGUGGGAGCAGCCUCAGCAGAUGGGGCACCCGUGCACUGCAGGUGUUGACAAGAUCCACCAUCUGUAAUGUCCUUGGCACAAUAAAACCAAAUGUCAGUUUCCCUGA